AUGGACGAAUCUCCUCCGCUAGAAUCGCACCAAAUCAUUCCGAUUACUCCCGAAACUCGAAAACGGAAGUUCGCCGGCGACGAGGCUCAGGCAGAAGCGCCGUCGCGGCGUCUAAAACGCAUCGUUAAAUCACUAAGCAAGCCCUCGACUCUGCUCGGCAUCGGCGCCACAAGACCGAGGACCUUACACCGCGCCAAGCUCGAGAAGCUCCUCCGGAAGCUCGUCAGACACCACAGCUGGGUCGACGCCGCCGGCGUCCUCAGCGUAUUGCUCGGCGGCGGGGCCUGCGACUGGUCGCCGGCGAACAACCGCUUCAUGUAUUCGGUUUUGAUGGAAAUUUCGGAGCGGUUGGAAAUGGAUGAGUUCUUGGAGGGGAAUUUUUCGAAGGAGUUGUGGAUUAAGAAUGUGUUUGAAGUUUGGGGGAAGAAGAAUGAUAAGAUGAAAGCAAAAUUAGUUGAGUACGAGCAUGCGAUGGAACUUGAGCGCAUUUCGCUCUCGCUUGCACAAGGGAAUCUUAAGGAGGCCGAAAUCGGUGCUUUCGGUCUUAUGCAGUUAAAUGAUUUCCGAAAUGACCCUCUUCGAAAUAUGAUUGUUGGAUUGACAUUCCAGAAAUUGUGGUAUUCCAAGCUCCCAAAGGAGAUGCAAUGGAGGGAGUGUGACCAGUUUUACAGUAGGGAAUCAAAUGAACUGGUUGCAGGCUCAGAAGGGCAUAGCUCUGUUAAUACUAACGAGGCUGGUAGGGCCACUCAUUGUGAUUCAGACACCUCUGUGGUAAAUGAUGCAGUAGACAAUAUACUACCAAUUGUUCCUGCUGGUGCUGACAGUGGCUUACGUGGACAGACCUCUGUGGAGGUUGAUGACAUGGAAGUAGAAAUUUCUCCAGUGAAAUAUGAGACCCAUAAUUUCUAUGCGGACUCUGCUGAAAACUCAGAAGAUGAAGCUGCUUUUGCUAAUCAUGGUGGUCAAAUGCAGUAUGCUUCCAUUUUUUCUGAACUUGAAGGGUUGGAGUCACUGUUAUUGCCCAUACGAUUGCCAGACUCUCUCGAUAAUAGUCAAGAUAAGAAUAUUUUUAAUGAUUAUUACAAGGAUGCGGUGAAGUACUUGCACCAUGCUCUUCACUCCUCACCCCCAGUAUUGGUAGCCAUUCAUCCUUUGAUACAGCUGUUGUUGAUUGGAGGUCAAGUUAAAGAGGCCCUAGAUGAGAUUGAAUAUUGUUGUGCUCUUUCAGAUGCACCGCUGCCUACUCGAUUAAGGGCUAGUCUUCUGCAGCAAUUUGAUUGUAAUAACAAACCUGUACUUUCCACGUGUCUGGAGGAAACAUUAAAGAAGGAUCCUACAUGUCGCGAUUCAUUGGGAAAGCUUGUUCUGUUGCAUCAAAAUGAUGAUUAUAAUUCAGAGUCCCUACUUGAAAUGAUAGCUCUGCAUUUAGAUGCCACCACUGCUGACCACAACCUAUGGAGAGAGUAUGCAAUGUGUUUCCUGAAGCUUUCCCAGUAUGAAGAGGACAGAAUGUCGGUGUGUCUGAAUGGAGAGGAAGGUGAACAUAAACCACGUUACUCGGUUUCUUUCAAUAAGACCCCAGAAAUAUUUUUAAAAGGACGAUCCAGAAAGGAUUGGAAAUUGCGUUGUAGAUGGUGGUCUACUCGUCACUUCAGCCCUCAUAUACUUGCAUCAGAGAUUGCAGCAGGUGAUAUGGAGCUCCUAACUUACAAAGCAGCGAGUGCAGUGCAUAUGUAUGAUUCAGACUUCCACUACUUCGUAAGCGCCCGUUGCUGCUUAGAGAAAGAAAACGAGAAGGACUUGCUAAUGUGUCUGCAAAUGCACAUUAGUAAGUCCAUUAGAAUCUCUCCAAACUUUCAACACAGAACUAUCUGAUUCUGUGAAAACAAAACUUGAUACAAAUUGUUCCAAGUUUUGUUUCCCACAUUUCAACCCAUAAACAUUGAGUCAGCCCUGAAAGCAUUUAUACAAAUAUAGAUAGCCAUUUUUGUAACAGCAGCAAUUGAGUUGUAAAUAUCAGUGUUUAGUAAUUAUUACCUUUUAACCAGAAAAAUUUCUAGAUUUAUCAAAAUGUUGAUCUGUAUUAUGAUCAAUAGUUCAAAUACG